AUGGACUAUAAAGAAGAGCAAUUGCAGGAGCUUGAAGUUAUCGAGUCCAUAUAUCCUGAUGAAUUUAGCUGUCUGGAUAACGAAUACCCAGGAAUAAAGUUUAAUGUCAGAAUAAAUGUCGAGCCACAACCUUUUCCGGACAGUUCUUUUACCGCGGACUCGCUAUCAAACGACCACUAUUUAGACCUGCAGUUUUCGCUUCCUGAGAAUUACCCAGACGUUGCACCAAAACUCGAGAUAGAAUGCAUCGAAGAGUCCAGGAAAGACGACGACGACGAAGAAGACGAAGACGAAGAAGAAAUUGAGUACGACGAGAACGGGAACCCCAUUGAGGCAAAGCUAACCAAUUUGCCAGAUCAAAUCCAUUUCCAGGGUUAUGCAUUGCGGCUGACGUCACAGGUCGAGCAACAGGCCGAAGAUGAGAUGCUCAUAGGCAUGCAAAUGUGUUUUGCAUUUGUUGCGUGGAUCAAAGAAUCGUGCGAGACGUGGUUUCAAGAAGAGCUAGCUCGUCUGGAACGCGAACACGAGCGCAAACUCAUGGCAAAAGAGCGUGAAGAGCAGAAGAAAUUUCAUGGUACUAAAGUGACUCGCGAAACCUACCUCGAAUGGAGAAAUAAGUUCCGCAAGGAAAUGGGACUCGAAGAGCGUGGCGAGGCCCGGAAACAAGUUGCUCAUGGUGGGAGACUCACUGGACGCCAGAUAUUUGAACAAGGACUGGACGGCGAGGAAGACCUCGACGAUGCAGGAGCCAACGUUUGA